AUAAGUCAUAAAUUAGAGUGUUCUGUCAAAUGUUUUGGUUUAAUUUAGAUUAAUCAAAUAUAAUAAAAUAAAUUAUGGCACCAAGAAAAUUUGAAGUGGAUAGGAAAAAACAGGGUUCAUUAAGUUCGAGGAAAAAGAAGUACAUUAGACCAUUAGAUUAUCAAAAAUUGGCGAAGCAUCAAUUUUACAAUUUUUUAAGAGAUGUUAAAAGAAAUAUACCAGGAGUCACAUUCAACAAAUUUCAAUCUAAAGUAGCUCAAAUGUGGAGAAACAGCGGUAGAGAAAUUAAGAUGCCGUAUUCCCAGAUAGCUAGAAAGUCUAGAAGACGAUAUAGAGAUAUUCAGAGAUGCAAAAGAGCUUGGAAACAUAGAAUCAAAUCUACUAAAAUGGAAAUAAGAAGAAAACGGCUGAUUAAAUAAUCUUAUUAAUUCAAUUCAAAUGUGUGAUAAAUUAUUGUUAAAUUUGUAUGUCUUUAAUGAACUAUUUAAUUCUGA